ACCGUACCAAGGCCCCUGGCUGUUGUUUGUUGCUGAACGUUCUAGAAUAUUAUUGAGGUUUAUUGGAAGAAAAAAGGAAAUUUGUGUAUAUAACCAAGACUACGACUUGUUACUAAAGAAAACAAGAAUUUGUUUUGUGCAUCUUCGACACUCGUAAAGUUGGAAACUGGAAAACUAUGUCAAAAGAUUCAAAACAUCCAUAUGGGUCAAAAUGCGGCAGGAUCAAUUUGAAGGACAGAGAAGUGUAAUUGGGGAUAAAUAUGAUCAAAUAUUGAGGCAUCCUGGUGAGAAAGCUGGAGGAAUGAUGGGUGAGGUUGAUAUAGAUGUUGAAGCUCUGCUUGAGGCUCCAUAUAAGAAGGUGAAUUUGAGUACUUCAUGUGAUGGUUCUGUGUCUGAUAAAGAAAACAGUAGAAACAGAAGUGGUAAAAGAAGUCGAAAGAGUAGGAGCAGGAGUAGAAGCCGAAGCAGGAGUAGUAGAAGAAGUCGGAGGAGCAGAAGCCAUAGUAGAAGCAGUAGAAGGAGCCGAAGGAGUCGAAGUCAUAGUAGAAGAAGUCGAAGGAGUAGAAGCCGUACCAGAAGCAGGGAAAGAAUUGAUCGUGGUAGAAGGAGCAGAGAAAACCGUAGUCACAGAAGCCGCAGCAGAGAAAGAAGUAGGUCCUGUAGCCGCAGUCGGGAUUACAGACACCGUAGUAGGAGCUAUGACAGAGUGUGGAAAAGAAGCAGAAGCAACAGUCGAGAAAGACGCAGAAGUGGAGGAGUGGUUUCACCUCCUGUAUCUCCCAGACAAGCUUCUAUGGACAGAUCGUUUGAAAUGAGUGCAGAGGAACGUGAUCUGCGAACUGUUUUGUGUAUGCAGUUAUCUCCAAGAAUACGAAGUCGAGAUCUGGAGGAAUUCUUUUCUUCAGUGGGAAAGGUCCGUGAUAUAAAGAUAAUUGUGGAUACCAGAACUAGAAGGUCUAAGGGGAUUGCAUAUGUGGAAUUUGUAGACAUAGAAUCAGUUUCUUUGGCUUGUGGAUUGAAUGGUCAAAAGCUUUUAGGUAUACCAAUAAUUGUCCAACCCUCUCAAGCUGAAAAAAAUAGAGCAGCAGCACUUGCAAGCAACCUUCAGAAAGGCAGUUAUGGACCUAUGAGACUGUAUGUUGGAUCAUUGCAUUUUAACAUUACAGAAGACAUGUUGAAAGGAAUUUUUGAGCCUUUUGGAAGGAUUGAAAAAGUGGAACUAAUCAGAGAUACAGAGACAGGAAGAUCAAAAGGGUAUGGUUUCAUUACGUUCUACAAUUCGGAAGAUGCAAGAAAAGCCCUAGAUCAACUGAAUGGUUUUGAAUUGGCUGGACGUCCAAUGAAAGUUGGAAAUGUGACAGAACGAACAGAUUCUUCCUAUGGUGCAUCUUUCUUGGACAGUGAAGAAUUGGAUCGUACCGGAAUAGGUCUUGGUGCAACUGGUAGACUACAGCUUAUGGCCAAACUUGCCGAAGGAACUGGUUUUGAAAUUCCCGAAAUGGCAAUGUCAGCUCUUCAAAUGCAAGGGUCAGGCCUUCAGCAGACUGCUGCUCCUCCAAUAGCAACCCAGUGUUUCAUGUUAUCAAACAUGUUUGACCCAUCAUCUGAAAAAAAUCCUAUGUGGGAUAAAGAAGUACAAAGUGAUGUCAUAGAAGAGUGUCAAAAACAUGGUGGUAUUUUGCAUAUAUUUGUGGAUAAAGCUUCACCACAAGGAAAUGUUUUUGUAAAAUGUCCAACUAUUGCUGCAGCAGUUGCAUCAGUGAAUUCUCUUCAUGGACGUUGGUUUGCAGGUCGUGUUAUCACUGCAGCCUAUGUGCCCUUGAUCAAUUAUCACCACUUAUUUCCAGAUGCUCUGAAUGCAACAGCAUUGUUAUAAAAGAUUAUAAGGAAGACAUGAGUCAUAGUAUUUAAGUUAUUAAAACAUCCACUGUGUUUGUGAAUUUUCUUCUGGUUAAAGGGGGGGGGGGGAGGUGAAAGGUAAAUUUUGACAGGAGAUAACCUGAAAACUUUAUACAAAGAUGGAAAAAAAAAACCAGUGAAAAAAAAUGUGAUGACAAUUUGCUCUCAGUAUAUGUUGCUCUGUUUUAAUUUUAACAUAUUGCAUGCAUUUGGUUUAAUACACAACUAUAACCCCCCCCCCUUUAAACAAGUUUUUGGUUAUUGUGGUGUUAUACAACAGGUAGAAGGUUCUUGUUAGAUCUCGUGGAAGUUAUUUUUCAUUCACCAAAUGGAUAUGCUGGGUAUGUAUGUGAACUGUGUUAGAAUGUAUUUUACGUAUUUCCAUUCACACCUAUUAUACACAACAUAUAUGUAAGAAAAAAAGGGGUUACACUAUAUAUUUCUAAACCCAAAAAAAGUGAAAGUAAUUUCCAUUAUCUUAAACUAUCUAGUUAACCUAGUAUCACGUGAAAUUUUGUCAUGCUUACCAUUUUGUAUAUUUUUCAUUGUUGUACAUUUGAAUUUCAUGUAUUGUAGAAUCAAUAAAUGUCAUCAGAACAUUUGCUU